AUGGCGUCAGCAAAUGUCUACGAAAAGCAUUAUAUAACGAAAUCUCGUAUAAACGACAACGACAAUUCAUAUUUACUGAUAAUUUUCAAAAGUGACAAUACGUUCACAAUUAAGAAGAAAUCGAAUGUUUAUGGUAUCACAGAAACUGGUCUAGUAACAGUCAAAGAUCGAAAUAAAAGUUAUGUUGGCUAUUGUUUAUUUGAAGGAACUUUAGCUGAAGUGGAGGCAGCAGCUGAGCAAUUGGAUAAAGAAAUGAACACUGACAUUGAAUCUGAUUGUGAAAAUGGUAAUAAAAAUUCUCAAUCCAACAGUCGUCAAAACUGUAAUUCUCAAUCUCUCGUGCCAACACCUUGUAAUUCUAGUAUCCAAAUAAUUAGGUCAUCGUCAAUUAAAAACAAUAUGGCUCAAGCAGAAAAAACUAAAGAUCCAAAAACAUUCUCUCUUGUUAGUACAUCUUUUCAUGACAUGUCAAAGUCUUAUGAAACGAUAGCAAUGUCUGAUGAUAAUCCACUUGAGAAGAAAAAAACAGAAUGUGCUAAAAAUAAAAUUGUUUCUUCUGCUUAUCAAGUCUUAUGUGACGUUCAAAAUAUGACAAAAGAUAAUGAUAGACGAUGCUCAGAUGAAAUGAUGUCAGAUAGUGAAAUGAGUAAAGAUAGUUUUGAUGAAAAUGAUGAUUCAACAGAAGUAGUACUAGUUGCAAAACCUUCAUUAAAGUCGGCAACAGUAGCAAAAAAAAGAAUAGACGACAAAGCAAAAGUAAAACAAUGUGAAAAAUCAACAUCACACGCCAUCAACCCGAAGUCUCGUCACAACUAUCAAAAAAAAAUAUCCUCCAAACAACUUUUUCCUUCCAAUGCUUCUGAACAGGAUGAAUUAAAUAUAACAUUGAAAUCAUUAAUAUCCACAAUGAAUAAUUUAGCCAAAGACUUAAAACAAUCAUUAUAUGAUAUCAAAGAAUUGUUCACUUGUAUGGAAAAGUUAGAUGCGAAGAUGAACAUGAUCAAUGUAGCACUGUAUGAAGAUUGUACAAAUGAUGAUACAACGCCAACUGAUGUCCCAUUUCAACAAACGCUGCUUCAUCUAAAGCCGGAUAAUACUACUGUUGAUUUAUUGCAAUUGUUUGGAACUCGAAGUCACAUCGGUCGAUUUGUAGCGUUAGUUAUGGAUAAUAUAUUUUCCAAACAAGAGUUGUGUACUAUUAGCCGAGUUCAACUGAUAUCAGAUGAGCGUUACAAUUUAAUCAAAGAAGCAGUGCGAUCACGAUUCAAAUUAAAUCAUGAAGAAAUGAACAGUGAAUGGCCGACAAUCCAUGAAAGUAUUCUUCAAAAACGAAGAAACGAAAUAAAGAAAAACAAGGAAUGUUCGUCUCACCAACAAGAGUGA